ACUAAUUUUUGGGCUAAUCCCAUUCAGCCAUCUAAUAGAAGGAGAAGAUACGGGCAAAAGAGUAAUUUCGCGGUUGAGUUUUGGAGGGACAAACUCAACAUAAAGAAUAAUAAAUAAAAAAAAGCAGGACGCGAGUCACGUAACGACCGCAACAGUAGCAGAGAACAGAGCAGAGAAAGAGAGAGAGUAUCUUUGAAACAUGCACACGACAUGGAAAUGGGCAUAGGUGAGAACCAGAGAGAGAAUCAGUGAAAGAAAUUCCUAAAAAGCUAAUUUGCAGAGGAAGUAGGAACAAUGUGGAAGAGGAGAAACGCAUUGUUCUGUGGACAUUUUGAAGAACAUGAAGAUGAUGGAAUGAAGCUUCAUGAAAAAGAGAUGGAGCAAUUCUCAAGAGACGAUAGAAGUCACUUCAGUCUAACAGGCGAAAUUCUUCCUUCUCUUGGCGCCACCGCUCGUUCCGGUCGCCGCAUCAUUCUCCGUCGCUUCAUUGUCUCCCCAUUGGAUUCUCGUUACAGAACAUGGGAGACCUUCCUGGUAUUUCUAGUUUUCUACACGGCAUGGGCAUCGCCAUUUGAAUUUGGAUUCCUUGAGAAGCCGGCUGGAACUAUUGCUGCAAUAGACAAUGUUGUUAAUGCAUUUUUUGCUGUUGACAUUGUCUUGACCUUCUUUGUGGCAUACCUUGAUAAAUCAACUUAUCUUCUUGUUGACGAUCGAAAUAAGAUUGCUUUAAGGUAUGCAAAAACCUGGCUGAUUUUGGAUGUCAUCUCCACCAUUCCUUCUGAACUUAUCAGGAGUAUGUUGCCUAAUCGGUUACAGUCAUAUGGAUACUUUAGUAUGCUUCGUCUUUGGCGUCUCAGGCGAGUCAGUAAAUUUUUUUCAAGAUUGGAAAAAGAUAGAAACUAUAGCUACUUUUGGAUUCGAUGCUUGAAGCUUAUAUGUGUUACCAUCUUUGUAAUUAAUAUUGCUGGCUGCUUUUAUUAUCGUCUCGCUACAUCUUAUCAUGACCAGUCAAACACAUGGAUUGGAUCUGUUUGGAAAGACUACCAUAAGGAGCGUUUGGGGAUCCGUUAUGUGACAUCACUUUACUGGUCUAUAACCACACUUACUACCACUGGCUAUGGUGAUCUCCAUGCUGUAAAUGAAAGAGAAAUGAUAUUUGUCAUGUUCUACAUGAUGUUUGAUCUUGGACUAACAGCAUAUUUGAUUGGAAAUAUGACCAACUUGGUUGUCCAUGCAACAAGUCGAACAAGGCAAUUUAGAGAUACUAUCCAAGCUGCAUCAAGUUUUGCACAGAGGAACCAUCUGCCUCUUCGCCUGCAGGAGCAGAUGCUUGCUCAUUUGAGUUUGAGGUACAGAACUGAUUCGGAAGGUCUGCAUCAACAAGAGACUAUUGAUGCACUUCCAAAGGCCAUUCGAUCGAGCAUCGCUAGCUAUCUCUUUUAUUCAUUGGUAGAUAAGGUGUACUUGUUUCGAGGGGUAUCAAAUGACUUACUUUUCCAAUUGGUUGCUGAGAUGAAGGCCGAGUACUUUCCUCCAAAAGAAGAUGUGAUUUUACAGAAUGAAGCACCCACAGACAUGUACAUAUUGGUCACCGGUGCUGUGGAACUUAUUGUGCAAAGGAAUGGGAUAGAGCAGGUUGUUGGAGAGGCAAAGACAGGAGAUGUUGUUGGUGAGGUUGGUUUGCUCUGUUACAGGCCACAAAUGUUCACAGCUCGUACCAAACGAUUGAGUCAAUUGUUGCGUCUGAACCGCACUGCAUUUUUAAAUAUUGUACAAGCAAAUGUUGGAGAUGGGACGAUUAUUAUGAAUAAUCUUCUUCAGUAUUUGAAAGAGUUGAAGGAUCCAAUGAUGGAAGGAGUUUUGACAGACACAGAGCACAUGCUAGCUCGUGGGAGAAUGGACCUGCCUCUUUCUUUGUGCUUCGCAGCUAUGAGAGGCGAUGACCUAUUGUUGCAUCAAUUGCUUAAAAGGGGUUUAGAUCCAAAUGAAUUGGAUAACAAUGGGCGAACUGCAUUGCAUAUAGCAGCUUCAAGUGGGAGCGAGCAUUGUGUUGUCCUCCUUCUAGAGUAUGGAGCAGAUCCAAACAAGAAAGAUUCAGAAGGCAAUAUUCCUCUUUGGGAAGCAUUAAUGGGGAAUCAUGAAUCUGUUAUUAAACUUCUCGUCGACAAUGGUGCGACCUUGUCUUGCGGUGAUGUGAGUCAAUAUGCAUUAGCUGCCACUGAGCAAAACAACUUGGAUUUGCUCAAGGAAAUUGUUAACUAUGGCGGUGAUGUGACACUGCGCACAAGCACUGGAACAACAGCACUUCAUGUGGCAAUAUCUGGAGGAAACACUGAAAUUGUCAAGUUCCUUUUAGAGCAGGGAGCUGAUGUUGAUAUGCCAGAUGCCCACGGAUGGACAGCAAGGAGAUUAGCAGAGCAUCAGGGCAUUGAAGAAAUUCAAGCUUUGGUCCAAACAACGCAACAUACGGAAAAAAAAACAGUUCCCACAAUUCCAACGCCAUUAUGGGUGCGACAUCUUGGGAAGCCUCUUGCUAAAUAUAUUAGUGGACCUGCAAUGUAUCCAUAUCCAAUGCGAGAUGUUGCGCCACCUGCGGUAGGAAGAACAUUGACAGAAAAUCCUCAGAGGAGAAGAGUUUGCAAUUACCAAAACUCCCUUUUUGGGAUCAUUUCAGCUGCUAAUAAUGGUGAGAGUGAGAUAAUUGCAUCUCCAAGGGGAGCUGCUGGUCUUCCAAGUUUGAGCUAUCCAGCUAGAGUGACUAUUAGUUGCCCAGAAAAAGGUGAAGUUGAAGGAAAGCUUGUUCUAUUGCCAAAAUCAAUUCAAGAACUACUAGAUAUUGGUGUGAAAAAUUUCGAAUUCUCAGCAACCAGAAUUCUUACCAAAGAAGGGGCUGAAAUUGAGGAUAUAGAGCUUAUUAGAGACGGUGACCAUCUUGUUCUUGCUAGCGAUGCUGGCACCAGCUAGUUGGUUAAAGAGCUUGGAGAUCGGAUCAUACUUCAAAAAUAAAAACUACAUUGGCUAGCUCUUCAAUUUUUUGUCACAAGAUCCACUUGGUAAAUAGUUAUGUUCUUUUCGCUCUUUUAAUUUUCAGAAAUUUGAGGGAAGGGUGUGGAGAAUACAGGACUGCGCAGGAAAAUAGUAUCCAGAGUUACAGGAAAAUACAUGUUAAUACAAAGUGUAAAUCAGAUUGGGGAAAAUAUACGGAUCCAAACUACAGGUAUGGACCGUCAAUUCAAUUGAAUUUCGCUCAGUGACGAAAUGAUUAUGUUUUC